AUGUCUUCAUAUACUGAAUUGCCACAAUCAGCACCACCAUAUUCUGAAGGCGAGUCAGGAUCACCACCACGUCAAUUUGGUGAUAAUAUACCUGAUGAUUUCAAAUAUUCUGUUUCGGUAGCAUCAUGUGAAUUACCUUUACGACAAUUAUUUAUUAGAAAAGUAUAUCUGUUAUUAACUAUACAAUUAAUGGGUAGUGUUAUUAUGGGAUUUAUUAUUCGAUCAUCGGAUCUGUUUAAAAUUUGGGCGAUGACAAACACUUGGUUAUUGAUUUUAUCAUUUAUUGGAUCAAUUGGAUUUAUGAUUGGUGCAUUUUUCAAAGCUCGUUCAUAUCCAAUCAAUUUAAUUUUAUUGGGUGGAUUCACUAUUUGUGAAAGUUAUACUUUAGGAGUUGCUUGUGCAUUUAUUGAAAGUGGUAUAUUAAUUGAAGCAAUAUUAUUAACUUUAAUUAUAUUUAUUGGUUUGACUAUAUUUGCAUUCCAAACAAAAUAUGAUUUUAUAAGUUGGCAAGGUACCGUAGGAAUGAUGCUUUGGGGUUUAAUUGGUUGGGGGUUUGUUAUGAUGUUUAUCCCUCAUCAACAAAAUUCAAUGAUGGAAAAUGUUUAUAGUUUUUUGGGUGCUUUGAUAUUUUCCAUUUAUAUUAUUAUUGAUACUCAACAUAUUAUGAAAACUUUACAUUUAGAUGAUGAAAUUAUUGGUUGUAUUUCAUUGUAUCUUGAUAUCAUUAAUUUGUUUUUAUUCAUUUUAAGAAUCUUAAAUAAUAAUCGUGAUGAUUAG